AUGAGCUUUGGUACAUUGUACAAAGCGUUCAAGGCAGUACUUGCUGGUUGUGAGGCUGCUUGCCAUGAAGUAGCCACAUUGUUAUGGCAGGUUGAAGCCUCAGAGCGCAUGAGUGCAUUCAAUCAGGCGCUUCACCAGGAGAACAAAACCCGGCUUAUUUUGAAGGACGAACAGCUGAAGAAGAUUAGGAACAUUUUUUCCGAGCGUGACCGCAUGGAAAUCAAUGAUUAUAUGAAUUACAAUCAAGCCAUCUACAAUGAUGAAUGCGAGAUACUUCGUGCCAUCACCGCCCAAGCAGAGAUAAUCUCAAACCACCUGGGCUCCAGUGCCAGAUGUGAAUUAUUAGCAUCUACCGGCGAAACUACCUACCUCCCUCGUUUUGUUGGUACUCUGAAAAAUAAGGACAGUAUCACACGUGCACUGGGGGGUGGUUGUACGGAGGCCGGUGUCAUCACCAAUACCGACACCGAUACGGAUUCCGGCAAAGAUGAUGCUUCAGUCGGGCAGCCCAGCCAGCAGGACUGA